UGAAUACGUUGGCCAGUACAGUGGCAGCUGUAUACUCGGGUACAGAUUCUUCUAACUUACAAUUCUCGACUUGGAGAACAGAGGAGCGAUAUUGCUGUUCACUGGCCUCGGUAUUCAGACCGAUCUUCUUGGGUAUCCAAAUGGAGCGUAUAUCCACGCCCAUCUCAAACAAAUAUCUCAACCCUCGGUCCGACAGUCUGUGCAGGCUUCUUGGAACGCAGUUGCAUCUUCCAAUGUUCGAUUAUACAAGUGCUGAGCGAAAAUGGUCCUUCUUUCCAUUGAGCUGA